AUGGCUAGUUCACCCGUGAACAACCUCUCCCAAAUGAAGAGAAAAUUGAAAUUAAAAUUUCUAACAAAAAAAAAAAAUUUUUUCAAAUUAUACGUAGAUGGCAAUUAUCUAGUGAUGGAUGUCCGUUCCCUUGGGAAGAGCUGCAAAGAAGACGUCGAACACUUGGAUACGAAGAAAAGGAUAAUGAGCAUGCUCAUCAUGAGUAACUAUUACUACAUCCUGAGCAGCGAGAAGAUCUAUUUGAAGCACUUAAAACGAUUGAAAUGUUACAAAAGAAUAAAAAAUAGUAUGCCCAGAUGGAAAAACUGGACCGGUAAAGAAAUCCACUUUCGCAUCCUGUCCAGAAUUGCUAAUCGUGUGUCAUAUAGCGACCUCUUACAAGAAACAGAAAAAAAAAAAAAAAAAAAUAUGGCUCAUUUCAAGGACACACAAAAGGAAGAGGAAACACACGUCAACCGAACAAGUGAGGGUGACCCCAUUCACCAUUAUCUAUUAGAUGCAUUCGAAGCAAAUUAUAGAGCCAUCUUAGAUACAGUCUCCUGGGCUAAUCUACAUGCCUUGUCAAGUGAACUUCAAGACUUUUAUAUCCAAAAAGGAAACCUUAUUUGUUCUCAUUACACUAUAAUGGGUAGAAAUUCUAACAACCAUUUCGAUCUGUUUUUCAAAUAA